AUGAAUGGCAUGGAAUUCCGCGCGGUGGUUUUCAACGCCGCCAGCGCGGGAAACCUUCGUCGUCUUAAAGUGUUUCUUGAUGGACGCACUUCGAAGCCUUGGUUAGAUAGCUGCCUAAACAGUACAGAGAACGAUAAAAUACCACUCGUUAUCGCCUCGCGAAAUGGCCACAUUGAUGUAGUACGCUAUUUGCUCGCGAAGGGUGCCGAUCCCAAUGUCGUUGGUACAGUUUCUUUCGACGGUGAAACAAUAUAUGGAGCUCCAGCUUUAUGGGCCGCUUCAGCAGCUGGAAAGUUUGAGGUUUGUGAGUGUAAUAUCUCUUCAUUGAAGUACCUCGUUGAGCAUGGAGCUGACAUCGAGGUCGCCAAUCAACAUGGUCAUACAUCUUUGAUGAUAGCUGCGUAUCGUCAGAAAGUUGAGGUAGUCAAAUAUCUCAUCAGUUGUGGUGCUGCGGGGGAUGUUAACCGAAGCAGUAAAAAAGGAAAUACGGCAAUGCACGAUGCCGUAGAAGGCGAAAAUGCUGAUGUAUGUGCUUUGCUUCUUGAAGCCGGGGCUCGUCUUGUGCCAGAUGAGUUUGGUGUUUGUCCGCUCAUGUGUGCCGUCAUGAUUGGCGCAGACUGGAUUCUGCCGAUGCUGCUAGAACAUUGUGAGUCAGGCGAGAAACGCCGCGAUGCUUUGAAGCUGCUGGGUUGCACACGAGUCGACAAGAAGAUGGAUAUGGUGGGAGCGAUUGAAUCAUGGAAUGACGCGCUUAAAGUGCCAUUGACAGAUGAGGAAAGGCAGCAUGUACAAGAUGUAGCUGACGAUUUCGUAGUUCCGGAUGUAUACGAAGGGCUGAAAGAGAUACAAACGCUGGAGGAUGUUCGUGCUAUCGAAGACAGCCCUGAUGCUAUUCGUAUGCAGGUCAGUUUUCAUCUUCAGUACAAUAUGACGCUCUGCUAUUCAGUGGAUCUUGGAUAUUUCGAUAAGUGUUACGAAUUGUGGAGUCACGCACUGAUUUUGCAGCAAACAUAUCUCACUCCUCUUCAUCUCUCAACACAAACAAUGUUCCAAGCAUUUUUGGAGACUUUCCUGCACACUCUGAACGAUAGGGUAGUCCACAUGGACAACGCAGGACGCCGGAACGCACCUCCAAAACAGGAGAUUAUUGCUUUCGUGUUCGAUAGAGUAUGCUAUGAAUUGGAGAGACUUGCUGAAUGGGGUGAACGUCCACUUUCCGAUUUGUGCAACUGCGGCGAGGAUCAUAUCCAUAGUUGCGAUGAUGAGAAGAAGCGAGUUGUACUGCUCGGAUUGCAGCUGUUAGCAUUGAUGAACAGGUUAUCAUUACCCAUGCACAACGAUGAUGAAGAGGAUGAUAUCGUGGACUUAUGUACAGCAGCCAAUAAUGUUAAGAUUGAUGUGAAGCGUUUGGUGAAAGCGUGCCGUGAACUUAAGAUUCCUCUGCUCCAUCUUGCAGUCAAAGAAAACGAUUUUGUCGAGUUCGAAGGCAUACCUUCACAUUUCGUCGUGGAUCGCUUGCUAGCAGCUGGUAUGUGCGUAAAUUCGAAGGACGCCGAUGGCGAUACUGCGUUGCAUGUCAUGGUGAAGAAUGUCCACCCUAGGAUGAGCAUUAUACGGCUACUACUGGAUUAUGGUGCGUACGCUUUGGCACGUGACGCUAACGGAAAGUACAUCACUCUGAAAGGCCUAGCAGCAAAUGCUGUUCGAAGGAACAAUAUAGCUCAUGAUGGCGUCAUCCCACAAGAUCUGCUGUAUUUCACCGAGUUACAUUAG